AUGCGUCUCAUCCUCUCACAAGUAACCACAUCUGCCAUCACAUGGUGCUCAACUCUCAUCGACAUCGUCAUAUUAAAUCCAGCAGAUCUAAUUGAAUUUAUAAAGAAAUUACUUUUCUUUGAUCCAAUCAAUUCAUAUUUCCCUCUUCCAAAUGCAAUUAUUGAUAUCGAUAGAAAUGCAUAUCGUAUUUUAUCGACGGAGGUGCAGAUUCAUCAAGUUGCAAUAGAUACACUGUUGACAUUGGCAUUUGAAUAUAAUUUAGAUCGUCGAGUUAUUCUUGAUUUCAUCGAUAGUUUGUUGCGUCGAUCACUUUCGAUAUUGUUUAAAUUCGGUAUUGUUUCGAAUAUUACCAAUCCGGCACUGGGCGAAUCGAUUAUGCAAUUGUCACAGAUUGCGGGAACACAACCGGUACUCGGUGACAUAAAGAUAUCGUUCGCUCCACUAUUCUGGCAAGCUGCUACCACCGUUUGUCUACUGUCAUGUCUGGCACCGUCGGUUGUUGGCAGUCAUUUCUGGAGUCAUUGUCCAACCAUCCGACUGCUCCUAGAGAUGGUGAUAACCCGCUCAUGGAAAUUCCCUCCCUACCAAUCGAAAUCCAUUUCCUCCAAUCAAUAUCAAAUCAAUGAAUUGAAUCAAAAGAACAAAGAGAUUGAUUUAAUAUCAAAAUAUCAACAAUUAUCAAAGAUUGAUUUUAUAUUGUAUAAUUUACAAUCUUGUGCUAGAAAACCACCUGAUGAGUUGAUCGAGAGAAUUCAGAGACUGGAUACCGAUUUCCAUUUGGGAUUUUCGUUGUGUGCUUGUCGUUCACCUGAUUAUCUGUUGGAGAUUAUGGGUAGUCAGGACAGUCGACAAGUGAUGUCUUGGCUAAAUCCAAUUAUUCACAAUGAUCCGCGUACUCUUGAUAUUCUGCCGCCUGUCUGUCUGGCCGAGGUUCUCAUGUCCACGCAGCUCGACCCAGCACAACAGCUGUCGACACCCUCAUCAUUCCUAUCGGUCGCACCCAAACUACUGUCGCGAAUCAACCACUUUUUCAACGCUACCAACUCUGCUCAGCCAACAAUAGAUAUCAUCCGAUUCUUUUGUACUCACUUGGCAUCGCCAUCUCCCACCACACGUCAAAUGGCAAAGUCAGCAAUCAAUUCACUUCCGAUAAUCAGUUCAACUUCACAACAGCAACAGCAACAACAACAACAAACUAAUGAAGAUUUCCAAUGGUUGGAUCGUAUCUCACAAUUACACUCUGCAGCAUCUAUCACUGGAAUAGUUCAACAAUCACUCAGAUCAGCAUUGCAAGUUGAGACAGAUAUGGAUACUCUGUGUGCAUAUAUCAACUAUCUUUAUACUUCCUCGACUUCAAUGUCCAAUAUCCAUACACUUGCAAUGGACAUUGCCCGUUUACUUUUCAAACGUGAUGUUAUCGCUCGUUACCUUUUGAACAGUCCAAUCAUCACAGUCAUCUUUGACAUACUGUUAGAGUCGUUGAAAUAUGAUAAAUUCCAACAAUAUAUCGUGGAUGAAAUUCAACAAAUUAAAGCACAAGAACAAGCUAUUCUACAACAACAACAACAACAAUCUCAACAACAACAACAUCAAUAUUACUCUGUCAUCUCAUUGUUAACCACUGAGGAACUAUCGAUCGUCAGUUGGAAAGUAUCGGAUAGUCAACAUAUAGCUAUUCCAAGGUUGGUGCUGAAUGUUAUCAUCAAGUUUGUGGCUCUCGUUGAGAGUUACCGUGUGAAUGGUCAGCUGUACAAGUUGAUCGAUCAGAUUGCCGCACGUCCACUAGCACCGAUCUUUGAGUAUGUCGAAUCCAACGUUGAGAGUGGUUAUAGCGCCAGACAAGCGUGCCGACUUAUCAACAGCGAACAACUGGCACUUCUCAUUCUCAAGAGUGAAGUGGGAGGAUUGAUUGAACAAUCGGUUGCCAUGCUUUCGCAACCGGUGCAACUCGAACAAUUCAUUUCCUACUCGGUGUCGCCACCCGCCCGUGAAGCACUCGGUCGUGCGCUCGACCAAUCAAUCGACAAACUGGAUCUCAUUCAACUACAACAUCGCCUGCCUGAAACGACACCGCGCCAACUCAAACAAGUGAUAUCCGCCUACAAAAGUGCAGGAAUGAAGUCUGGCAAUCGAGUACUAGAUUAUCUCGAUAAACAAAUUGCAAUUACAUCGUCAUCACCAAUUCAAUCGUCGUCAGCAUCAUCAUCAUCAUCGUCGUCAUCAUCAUUAUUAGAAACAAAGGGAAAUAACAAACUGCUAAAUCAAUUCACAGCAUUUAAUAGUCAGCAACAACAACAACAUAAACAACAACAGAAACAACAACAAAGUAAUAAUGAUAAGAUGAAUGUAGAUAUUCAAAUUAGUUCAAAGAAGAUGGAUAUUGAUUCAACUUCAACACCAACAACAUCAUCAACAAUCGCUCAAAGUAAUUUAUCACUAAGUCAAUUGAUUUAUUCAAGUUCACCAAGAGAAAUAGUUGGUUUGUUGGAGAAUGCUAAAUCAAUAGUUAUUGAUAUAGAUAAUGAUAAACUGUCAUUACAACUCUCGAAAACAAUUGUAAUGAUGGCAACUGAUAAAGAUGAAGGUGUUCACUACAACUUUGAGAAAUUCAUUGGUAAACUAUUUGGUUCGAUUUACAGUGUUCAAACAACCGAUCAAAUUCAAACUCAAAGUAAUGGUUAUCAUCAUCAUAAUAAUCAUAAUCAUAAUCAUAAUCAUAAUCAUAAUCAUAAUCAUAUUAAUAAUCAUAAGAAGAAUCAACAUCAACAACAACAACAACAACAAUCACAAAUCUGUAUAAAACAUCCACUAAUUUUCAGAGCUAUUGUUGGCGCCAUUGCAACGUUGUCGGCUCGUUCGAUGUUCAGCACAGUUGGAUUACUUUUAGAUUGGCUGUUGAUAUUGCUACCUCAGUGUGCCAAUGAAUCCGAUGUUGUAGAUGCUCUGUUUGGUCUGAUGUUUGAACGACCGGCACAACAACUGACAUCUGUAGCAUACUCGACAUUGCUCCGAUCGUAUUGCAUCCACAACACGACAUGGCGAAUGCUCUCACUCAUCAUAUCGACACUCUACUCGCCGUCGGUCUCUCGAUCACAACAACUUGACUACUCUGCACUACUCUCAUUCAUCGGUGCAUAUCAUGCUCACCCACGAUCGUCUGCACCCUACUAUCUAUCCAAUAGCAAUAGCAACAACAACAACAAUAGUAAACAACAAUUGGAUGCAUCCACUCUACAUUAUAUUACACCUUAUACCACUAGAACACUUGCAGACUAUAUCAUCAAGGAGAUGGAAUUGGCAACCAGCAAUUCAUUGCCAACAACGACUGCGCAAUCGAUUCUUGCUAAACGAUCGGUUCUUCUCAAUUCAUCUUCGACUAUCAGUGAAGAGAAUCUUGUUACACUCUCACUGCAUCUCAGCAAUACGAAAUCAUCGCCAACACUAGCACACCUCAUACUACUACAACUCUACUAUAUAUUCCCGGAUUCCGUUAAAUCAAACAUCUAUAAUUAUUCACCAAACUUUAAGUUACAACAACAACAUCAACAACAACAAGUGGAUGUAGAUGUAAAUAUAGAUGUAGAUGAUAGUGUUGUCAGUAUCACGGGUACCAGUGUCAUUCCUCAUACGCAACUCGACACGGCAAUACACAGAGUUACACUCAAACUUCACGAACCAGAGUUUAGAAAUGAAGGAUUCGUACUCUUUAAGAAACUAGCUAUCAAUCAUCCAGAGUUGAUCACUGCACACCUACCGACUAUCUACACACUCUUCGCAGGUAGAAACUAUCAGAAUCUACAGCAAUUCAUUCAGAAACGAUAUCAUAUAUUAUUCACUCAGAUGCUAGAGAUAUUAGAUAUAUUAAAUCCAUUUGUAUUCAAUGUUUUUAAAAAGAGUAUCUAUCUAGAAAAGAUAUUAAAUGAAUACUUUACAUUCUUUGGUAAUGUUAAGUCAUUCUUUGAAGAACUUGUACCUAUUAUAUCUAGAUUCGCUGGCUUCUUGCUAAAUUAUACAUCCAACGGUCGAUUAUCAGCCAACAUUACAUUGGUAAAUAAGUUCUUACCUCCAUCCACUACAUUUUCUUUUAAAUCACAACAACAACAACAUCAUAAUAAUCAUCAUAAUAAUCAACAACAACAUUCACCAUUUAGUAAUAAUUAUAAUCAAAAUAAAGAUAAUCAACAACAAUUACAACAAUUACAACAACAACAAAUAAGAAUAACACAAAUAAAGAAUGAAUUCAAUAAUAUACUGCAACAACAACAACAAUCGCAGCAACAACCGCAACAACAACCACCACCAAUGGAGAUAAUCAAAGAGAUAGAACAAAGUAUUAGUAAUUUAACAUUAUAUAUAAAGAAAUGUAUUUCUUCAUACAGAAUUGUCGUUGAAAUUUCUUUAGCAGUAUCAUUAAUACGUCUUUCGCCUUUUUCAAAUAAUGAUAGAGCGAUUGGAACUAGCAAUAUAAACUCGGAAUCUGGGAAUAUGAAUAUUAAAAAUUAG